AUGGAUAUCGGUAGGCUGGCCACCCUCAGAACUCUUGCGUCGUACCUCCCGAUCGCCUUAUACUUCGAGUCCCUGCGUCUCCAUUCGGCCCUAAUCGUCGCCAUCGGGAACAAAGCCUCUGUUCCCCCUCCCGUUACCGGGUGCAUCAAAGACCUCAACCGCAUUUGGAAUUUCUCCAGGGUCGACCUCCAGACUGAUUUUGGCAGCCGUAUCGGAGCCGUCGUUGUUAGCCUGCGCCAUGGCAACAGCUUCCCGCUGGCGAAUGAGGCCAUUGUCAAGCGUGUCUUGAGGCGGCCAUGGAACACCCCGGUUCUCAACCCGAAAUCUGACGAUGAGCUUGUGCCCCGAAAGACCGACCUGAACAUUACUUAUCUGCUUCCUUCCACGAGUCAAGAGCCAGCCUCGUGCUUGAUGAUCGCUGGGCCUCGGGCGGCGGCGUUGUCCGAGCUUGUCCUCCUCCUCACGCUGUCGGGUAUUUGCUUUCGCAGUGGCCUCGAGGUGGGAGGUAUCCUGCUUUUGUGCCUCGCCGUCAACCUCACCCUUCUUCUCGUUCUCCAGCAGAGCACAUCUUUUGUAUUCGCCAAUGCAUCGGCGCUCAGAAAGGACAUCCUUUUAACAGCAGCCAACGGCGCUGCCACAGAUGCUCAUGUCAUCUUGCAAGACUGGAACGCGAGCGAGAUAGAUGUCUUGGUUGGGUAUUCCUCCCAACUUCAUGCCCUGACAAACAUCCCGGUCAUUAUCAAGCCGUGGGGCAUCGUCGCCGUCCUCGUCCGUCUACUUGGUGGCGUACUAAUUUUACAAGGUGCCCUCCUUGCCGCUCUUCUUGGCCGCGAAACGGAACAGACGUGGGGUUCCCUCAUCUGGCUCGCCUGCUACCUUGUCAUGAUGGCUGUCACUUGGCUUACGGCUUGGCACGAGCAGAACAGCAGGCCAAACAACUUACCUGUCGAGGCAGUCCGAACGGUGCGACUACAGUUCAGCGGGAGACGCGCCGCGCUGGCAUUCAUCUCCACUCUGCCAGGUGUGAACCAAAUCCUCUCUGCACUGUUGAUCCCCUCGAGGAUAUACGGCUUCUAA